GCAGAAUGUAGUGAUGGACUCUGCUGUUUUGGUUGCCGAUUGAAGAAUAAGGGGUUCAUGUGCCGUUCUGCUUUGGGAGAGUGUGACCUCCCAGAGUAUUGUGAUGGCACCUCUGCAGAGUGCCCCACAGACACCUAUAAGCAAGAUGGGACGUCGUGCGGUAGACUGCACUACUGUGUUGGGGGUCUGUGCAGAAACCCUGAUAAUCAGUGCAUGGCUAUGUAUGGGGACACUGCACGGUCAGCCCCA